UCAUUCGGCGUCGCUCAAUCCUGGCUAUCGGAGGGAGAAGGCAGGCGGGUGGCGCGCACGCGCUCGCAGCGGGAGGGAGGCCUGCGUGGCAGCCUAGGACGGACUGACGGGCUGGGGCAGACUUAGCGAGCGGGAACGCGCGCGCGCACGCGACAGGAAGAGUCUGAGAAUACUGGGCAGGCGGGGGCGGGAUUGCGAGAAGUAGCGAGCGGGUGCGCGCGUCGAAGUUGUGUCCGGGCGUCGCUGCGAGCAGAGCGCGAGGUUGCCUCCUCACAGAGAGAAGGGCCUGUGGAGCCGCCGGAAGGAAAGGCGCCUUCCUCGCCGCCGCCGCAGUAAUAGGCAAAAAAGCUUUGAAACAAGCCAAGCUAUUUGUGGCAGCUCUGCUGUCCUGAGCGGUUAAUGACUGUCUCUGUUACCUGUUCUCUAAUGAGUUUCAAGACAAAGUCUGGCAUGUUACCAUGGAAGGACAACACAAUCAUCCGCACCAUCUAGGGGACCAGAACAACCCACUUUGUAAAGUGGCAAGCCAAGAAUACCAGCAUGAUGCACAGCAGAGGCAUCUGACUUCAUACCCAUAUCGCUGCACCUUAGCAGACUUUCAGAUAGAGAAGAAAAUUGGACGAGGACAAUUCAGUGAAGUCUAUAAAGCCACAUGCCUUCUGGACAGAAAACCAGUGGCAUUAAAGAAAGUGCAGAUAUUUGAAAUGAUGGAUGCCAAGGCUAGACAAGAUUGCAUUAAAGAAAUAGACCUUUUGAAGCAAUUGAACCACCCCAACAUAAUCAAGUAUUUGGAUUCUUUUAUUGAGGACAACGAACUUAACAUUGUACUGGAACUGGCAGAUGCAGGUGAUCUCUCUCAGAUGAUUAAGUAUUUUAAAAAGCAGAAGCGGCUAAUCCCAGAAAGAACGGUUUGGAAAUACUUUGUGCAGUUGUGCAGUGCAGUUGAACACAUGCAUUCCCGCAGGGUGAUGCACAGAGACAUAAAACCAGCCAAUGUGUUUAUAACAGCCACCGGAGUGGUGAAGCUGGGAGAUCUUGGACUGGGCCGCUUCUUUAGCUCUAAAACUACUGCCGCACAUUCCUUAGUGGGAACACCCUACUAUAUGUCGCCAGAAAGAAUACAUGAAAAUGGCUAUAAUUUUAAAUCAGACAUCUGGUCCUUGGGCUGCUUACUGUAUGAGAUGGCCGCCCUUCAGAGUCCCUUCUAUGGUGAUAAAAUGAACCUGUUUUCCCUCUGCCAAAAGAUAGAGCAGUGUGAUUACCCACCUCUUCCAACCGAACAUUAUUCUGACAAGUUGCGGGAGCUGGUCAGCAUGUGCAUAUACCCAGAUCCUGAUCAGAGACCUGACAUUGGUUACGUGCACCAGCUAGCGAAACAGAUGCACGUGUGGACCUCCAGCACUUGAAGAGUCAGCCGGUGUUGCUCCAAGAAAAGCCAUCCCAGCUUAGUCUUACUUGAACCUUCUGUCUCAGACGAAACCAAGAGGUGCCUCGCCAUCUUAAGCGGGAAGAGUUGAGCCUUCCUAGGAAGACGCUUCAUGAUUUCUGCAGGCCAUUUGCAGGGGCGCUCACAGAGUGGAUCCACUCUGAGUGAAGGCUGUGAGAUGUUGCUGCAAGUGUGUUACUUUUUAAAAAGCCAAUAACAUGUUACAGACAUAGAUCACUUAGAAGAUCCUUUCUUAAAACUGUUGUGUGUAAUCUAGGUUAGGCUAUUAUAGCAAGGGUUUCUCAUUUGUGUAUUUGACACGCCCCUUGUAUCUUAACUAAUGUGAAAUAUUGAAAUAAUUCCUUUGGUGAAAUCACUUUAUACUAAUGUAAGGAUUACAGUAGAUUUUGUGUAAUUUGUAUAACUGCUACUUUUGCCUCUUCUGCAAAUGGUUUAGAAAGUUCUUUCUAGUUCAUAAUUUUUUUAAAAACAUCCAGCCUGGAAUUUUUGUACUUCUCUCCUUUGCAAAAAUAGGGCAUGGGGAGGGAACACUUUUGAUUUUUUUUAAUUGAAACUUUGGGAUGUUUUGCAAUGCAUUUUAUUUGUCACUAUGGCUGCAGUCAGUGAGGCCUCCAUGACAGGCCUCAAACCAAAGCUUUUUUUGUCAAUUUCUGUGCCAGUGCUUGGCCCAGAUCUUGUGAGACACUCUCAGUAGCCAUUCUUACAUGACCAGUGUUACUGUAAGCAGAAGUUUGGGAUUGCGGAAGAUGCCCUUAUAAAAUCAGUGGUACUUCAGCCACCCGCAACUACCUUGAAGACAGUGUUUUAAACAUAAUGUAAAUGGUAUUUUACAUUGACCAUGAAAUAAGGGAGGUUAAGAGAGAGAUUCUUUCAUUUUAACUCAAAUGAUUACCCACACUACUUUACUGUGAAGACUCAUUGAUGAAUGUGAAUAUUUUAAACAAGCUGAUUUGAAGGAAAUAUUAAAACUUUUCAUUUACGUUUACUUUCAGUCAGCCAAAUUACUUCAUUGACUUGGUGAUUCAGUUUCUGUUGACCCUAGAAACGCUUUGCUUAGGGAAGCCAGCUUUCUCCUACAUCUGCCUUUUUUUGGAGGAAUGGUGCUCAAUCAGCUUCAGUAUUUCUGACGGAUGCUAUUUAGAGAGGGAUGGCCACCUUUCUUAUGUUGAAAUGUGGCCUCUAGGUUCUUUUCAAAGUAGAUUCUCAUUUUGCUGGAAAUAAAGGAUUGAACAUACCUCCUUCCUUUGGUGGGUUCUAUAUAGUUCAAUCACUGCCUUAAGUGGAGAAUAGUGCUUGCUACUAAACAGUUCUGAAACUAUCUGCAAAGGUGUUAAUGUUUAGUUGCUGUGAAAGAUCCUGGCAGUGCAAACCCAUAAAGAAGUCCAGCCUAUUGAUCUUGGAGGAAAGGCAGAAAAUUUCAGCUUUAUUGUAAGCCAGCUGCAUGUCUUCUGCUUAUAAACUUUCUGGUGGUAGUAAUCUGUAAAUGCAAGCAAAAGGAGUCUCCUCCAUGGCACUGCAGGCUUCAUUUGAACUAUAUACAACCUGGUCUUGGGGUGCAACAUUGAACAGAGCUCUGGCUGUUGGGUGGAUCUGCUAAAUCUGGGUUCUUGCUUACUUACACCUUAAGGUCUUUUAGUGCUUAAGUAAAUGUAUUUCCAAAGAAAUGUUUUGCAACUGUGCAUUUUUAGGUAAGAUUUAAAUGACUUACAAAAUAAACAGUUUUCUUUGUAGAAAGAA